AUGACUGACUCAAGAUCCGCACAGUGCGCCGCACUUUCCAAAGUGCUUCCUAACGCCGUCAUUUUUCCUUCGGAUGCAUCAUACGCCACAUUCUCCGGCUCCUACUGGUCAAAGCAGGAGGAAUCCGUCAGCCCCAGUUGUGUUGUGCGACCGAACAGCGCCCAGGAUGUUUCGACCAUUAUCAAAACUUUGACACAAUGCAACGAUGCUAAUUCAGACCCAUGCUCGUUCGCGAUACGAGGGGGCGGUCAUACCCCAUGGGCCGGUAGCGCGAACAUUGAGGGUGGCGUGACUAUUGACAUGAAGGAGAUGAAUGAGAUCGAUGUCAACAAAGACCAGGCAAUUGUAUCCGUGGGCGCUGGAGCCAUAUGGGGGGAGGUGUACAAGAAAACGGACUCGCUUGGUCUUUCCGUUGUGGGUGGUCGGGGUGCGAGCAUUGGAGUUGGGGGACUUCUCACUGGAGGUGGUAUUUCAUACUUCUCCGCUCGUAAAGGGUUUGCAUGUGACAAUGUCGUCAACUAUGAAAUUGUCCUUGGGGAUGGUCGCAUUGUGGACGCAAGUGCUGAAUCGAAUCCAGAUUUAUGGCUUGCAUUGAAAGGGGGUUCGAACAAUUUCGGAGUUGUGACGAGGUUCGAUAUGCGCGCCUCUGAACAGGGCGAUUUCUGGGGUGGAUCGAUAAUCUAUGCCGACUCAGUGACGCCUCAGCUUCUCCAAUCUUUUGCGACCUUGAAUGAUGCUCAUUCUUUUGACGAAUAUGCAGCUCUCAUUUUCAGCUUCUCUUACACCUCAGCCUAUGGCUUCCUGACUGCCGCAAACAUUGAAUAUACUAAAGCCACACCCAAUCCGCCAGCCUUUCACGACUUUACCGCUGCUAAACCUCAGCUUAUGAACACCAUGAGAAUCUCCAAUCAGACAGACUUUACUACGGAAUUUGUCCAAAGCCAGCCUAGUGGCCGUAGGUGUGUAGCGUCUAGCCUUGUUCACAAGAACGGUAACCUGACUUUCGUCCGCAGACAGCUCUAUCUUACCUCCACGUUCGGUAACGACUUGUCGUUUCUGAACUUCGUCUACGAUCUAUUCAAGUCCAUGCCAUUUGCGCCACUCGGCACCAUCCCAAAUCUCGCCAUAUCAGUCACAAUUCAGCCAAUGCCACCGGCCAUAACAUCCAGAUCGGGUCCCCUGGGCGGUAAUUCACUUGGCCUCAAUCUUGCCGAUGGUAGCCUUGUGCUUUGUCUGCUUUCUGCAACCUGGGACAGUGCCGCUGAUGAUUAUCGCAUCAGGAAUGUUGUCAAUACUUUGCACGAUGGGCUUGUCGCAGAGGCACGAAAGCGUUCCUUGCUCAACGAUUGGAUCUAUCUCAAUUAUGCAGAUAAGUCACAAGAUCCUAUUGCAGGCUAUGGCUCAGAAGUGAAGAAAAGACUGAGGGAGACUAGUGCGAAAUACGACAGUGACCAGAUAUUCCAGAAGAUGGUUCCAGGUGGUUUCAAAUUAUCUUGA